CAGGCACGGCCGCCGCCGUCGAUGGUUCAGUCCGUUACCCACCGUCGUCCGGCGAGCAUUUCGCACGUGCGUGUUCGUCGAUCGUCGAUAUUAUUAUUACAAUCAUAAUCAUCGAUAAGGAUAGUUUAUAAUUUGCAUGUGUUCUCGAUCGUGACGGUGUAUAAUAAUAUUGUCGUUGUUGUUUUAUUCGUCCGUCGAAUUUGUUUAUUUUUCAACCUACUCGACUUGUCAUGUUUUCGCCGACUCCGUCGCCGAUUUCUCGGACUGUAACGUACCGAAAGAUCACAAAACCGUUAUUAGAACGAAAGCGCCGAGCUCGCAUCAAUCGAUGUUUGGACGAGUUAAAGGAUCUAAUGUUUUCUGCCUUAGAGGCUGAAGGUGAAAAUGUCGAUAAACUCGAAAAAGCUGACAUUUUGGAGUUUACUGUUAAGCAUCUUCAAAAGAUAACUAGGAGAGAUCCCGUAGAAGAAGCUUAUAAAUUUCAAGAAGGAUUCAGCCACUGUGCCAGCGAAGCGUGCAGUUUCCUGUUGUCACUGCCGGGCCUAGACUCGGUGGUCGGCCGCCGGCUGGUCGAGUACCUGGCCAAAUCGGUGUCGCGUGCCCUCGAAUCUCAA